AUGGCUUCUACAAGAAACCGCGUUUCAGCAAACAAAGGGAUGAGUGUAAAAAAUGAACACGAUGAUGCUGAAAUAAAUGCUAUGGCUCUCAAAAUGAAAGAAAAUUAUCAAAAAACUGCAACAGCUGCAGCAAAGCAACAACUUGCUUCUCCGGCAAAUGUUAAUAUAAACAGAGCCGCUAGAGCAGUAACAUUGGUUAAUGCACCAAUUACAACGGAUAACAGUCAAACAAAUCAAGACAAAUUACCCAAAGAUUGUGAAGAUGUAGAAAGUAUUAAAGGUAGAUUUUCAUGGAAAUUAAUUGCUGGACACUAUGUACCCUACAUUAUUAGAGUGAUCAAUGGUGAACAGUUAAAGUUUGUAUCUGUACGUAUGGCAGAAACACAGCUACUCAAAAACUAUUUACAUUAUUUACAUGCUGAUAUUUAUACAUGCACAAAUGUAAGAAGCCUUUUUGUCACUGAAUCUGAAGCUAAAGUAUUAAAUGAUAUCAACAAAAAACAUACCGACUGUAUGUACGGGAAAGAAGUGUUUCUUGCAGGAAAAGAUUAUAUUGUGAGUUUGGAAGAUGUUCUUGAAUUUUAUACGUUCAUGGAAGUAUGUUAUAAAAAAUUACUGUGCGAAAUUACUCCAGGCCUCGUUGAGAAAUGUGGUUAUAUUCGCAUCAACUCUGAUUCGUUCGUGCCAUAUAUUAUCAUAGAUAACCAAAAAUAUGUCCCACUUUUCUGCUUUGAAGGCGAAACCGAAAACCUAAGACAACAAACUUUAAAAUCAGAAAAUUGGAACUUAGCCUAUCUGAAGUUCUGUUGUAAGGUUCAAGGUAUCAUAAAUGAGUUGAAUGCCAGUGACUCAUGCAAAGUGACCAGUCUUGAGGGUAUUAAAAAUAAUUUUCCACCAGAAACUAAUUUUGAGGAUUAUUGGCCAGCUAAUUUGGUUGAUAUACAUCUCUUAAAUAAUCAAAAGUCUACCCAUGUAAAUCCACCGGGUGUCUGGAUCAGAGCCCCUACUGGAGUAAUACCUGCUGAAAAUACUAUUGCUCACACUUUAAAGGCAUCAGCACCAUUACCACCGAGUAUGCCAGCUAUGGUGAACACAUAUAAAAACGGAAGGCCUGCAAACCAAAUUGUUUAUUCAUCUAGCACUCAUGCCCAGUCACCAUCAACUAGUGGCUAUUCUAUUACAUCCAGAAAUCAAAGCAUAGCUGCCCAGUGCUAUAAUGCGUUUUUAUUGGAUUUUCAGGGUUCAACGAUGUCUCUCAGCAGUUUGGUAAACAGUGUGGGUCAUGUUGUACCACCACCACCUUUAGUCAGUGCAGGCAAUACGACACCAAUAAGUGGUCAAAUGACACUACUCUACAUUCAAAGUUCUAACAAUAGUCAAGAUCAACAACAACAAUUGCAACAACAACAAAUAAUUACUAGUCGUCAAACUCAGCAGUCAAAUAGUGGCAAAUCUGUGAAUGCUCAUUUAACCAACACACAACAACGCAGCACAUUAAGGAAUGGUGGGCCUGUUGCAAUUGCUCCACCCAUAGAAAUCAUUGACUUAUUGUCCCCACCGUCCAGCCCUGUUCCUCUAGCUGCGCAGGAGAAUUCUCGUCGUCCUAAUAUUUCAUAUGAAUUUACGAGAAUACCAGAACGGAUGUUGGCACAUGACACAGCUAAUAAUUCUGCAUACAAGAUCCAAAGGGCAACACUUGAAGGGAGAGUGAUCAAUUGCAUAAACGCAAAACCAUACAUCUAUUCGGAUCUGAUGGUGACAUUAAAAGAUUUAGUCAGGAUGAUGUUGCCUUCGUGCUCAGUCGAGAGAUGCGCUUACACCUUAAACAAAUACUUGAAAACGACAAUAUUCACUGGAAAUUCCGAGCAGCUGGCCUUGUUGAGGAAAAAUGGACUCCUCGGGUCGAAGUACCCGGCUGAAACACCCAUGGCCAUGCUACGAGAUGUCACGCAUGCUUUGCCGCAAUUAAUGAAAAUUGUGUCAAAGCACGACGAACAAAUAAAACAACGCCGAGCUGGUGCUGCAGGUGGUCCGGCCAAAAUACAACGCACCAGCUAG